AUGACAGCUCCGCCACAUCUGAUGAUUACCAUCUACGAUCCAAAACGUCAAAUUUUAACAACCGAUUUAUCACUUGGUUUCAAUAAAUCUAUGAAGUUAUUCAAUGACAUCGAUCUAUUCCACCAUUAUGUAUUAACAAGCUCUAACAAUAAGUUAUUUAUAGUUAUACCCUAUGAUACUGCCGCCGAGCUAAUAGACGAAUUUCAUGUACUUCGUUAUAUUAAAUAUUUUUACGUAUUUUGUGACGAUCUAAAUUUGUACGAUGGUAGUCUACAUCGGUUUCGAAAAUUACGGGAUGUAUUUCAAAUAACAGAACUUCAAUCUUCACAGCUUGUUCACGAUAUUACAGUUGAUAGCGCCAAGGAAGCAAUGCGAUAUCAGCGGUUGAAUCUCAAUACACUAGCACUGGAAAAACUUCAGCAUGUAAAAACAUUCUUGCUGAAAGGUUUUUGCAGUAACGAGAACAAUGGUUUGUAG